CCCGUCGAAUCAACGGACACACACACUCGCGCGCACUCGCCGCUCCUGCUGGAACGUUACAGGCGCUCGGCUGUCGUUGUUUUAUAUUGUUUAUAUCAGUUUGCUGGACCGUCGCGUGCGGCACGGGACUAACGGUCGCGGCGUCAGCCCGCGCGCGCAGGAGCACGGAUCGCGAGGCGGUUUUGUUCAGCAGAGGGUUUGGAGAGAAUACAGCCGAGCGAGUGCAGCGGAGGACGCAGAUCACCAUGUGCAUUUGACAAACGCCUGGGGGCCACACAGGCGAGCCGAUGAGAAUGACGAUGGUGAGUGAGCUCUUGCCGUAGAGUCUGAUGGUUUGGUAAUGAUGGACGUUCCCAAUGGCCAGCCCAGCGUCUCCACCUUCACGACCCCGGCCUCAGAGAGGAGCAGCAGUUCUGAGUCGCUCAGUGAGAAGGGCCCCUCGGAGCUCAAGAGCUUUGACGCUGUGGUGUUCGACGUGCUGAAGGUCACGCCGGAGGAGUAUGCUGGUCAGAUCACUCUCAUGGACGCUCCAGUGUUCAAAGCCAUCCAACCCGAGGAGCUCUCUAGUUGUGGCUGGAACAAGAAGGAGAAACACAGUUCAGCACCCAACGCUGUGGCCUUCACACGACGCUUUAACCAGGUGAGCUUCUGGGUGGUGAGGGAGAUUCUUCAUGCUCAGACUCUGAAGAUCAGGGCAGAAGUGUUGAGCCUCUAUAUCAGAACAGCAAAGAAACUAUGUGACAUGAAUAAUCUCCAUGCAGUGAUGGCAGUAGUAUCUGCUCUACAGAGCGCCCCCAUCUUCAGGCUCACCAAGACCUGGGCUCUUUUGAGCCGAAAGGACAAGGCCACAUUCGAGAGGUUGGAGUAUCUCAUGUCUAAAGAAGACAACUAUAAACGCUUGAGGGAUUACAUCAGCAGCCAGAGCAUGACAUCCUGCAUCCCGUAUCUGGGUAUAUAUCUGUCUGAUCUGACCUACAUCGAUUCGGCGUAUCCCUCCACUGGCAGUAUUCUGGAAAACGAACAGCGCUCCAACCUGAUGAACAACAUUCUGAGAAUCAUCUCAGACCUGCAGAGAUCCGUUGAAUACGAUAUCCCAGUAUUGCCGCAUGUCCAGAAGUAUCUCAACUCUGUUCGGUACAUCGAGGAGUUACAGAAGUUUGUGGAGGACGAUAAUUAUAAGUUGUCCCUAAAGAUCGAGCCACCAGCUACCAGCACACCUCGCACCACUGCCUCUAGAGAGGACCUCACAGGUCCAGACAUGUCUGCGUCACCGUUAUGUGGCCGUCGUGGUAAUGUUGCUGAAGGUGCCCUGCCUAAAGUCCCUCCGACGCCACCUUCACCCCGGAACCUUAUCACCUACGGACACAGGAAGUGCCACAGCCUCGGCUACAAUUUUAUCCACAAAACGAACACGGUGGAGUUUAAAAGCGCCACGUUCCCCAACGCCGGAUCCAGACACCUGCUGGACGACAGCGUGCUGGAGAGUCACACUCCCACGCGAGGGCAAGCGGAGAGCUCAACACUGUCUAGCGGCAUUUCACUGGGGAGCAGUGAAGGGUCAGAGCUCAGUGAGGAGAUGUCUUGGCCUGCCUUUGAGAGGACUCGAUUCUACCACUCUCUGGGCCCCGUCAGCAGAGUGGGCCGCAUUUCCUGCAGAGGAGCGCUCAGGUCCAGCAGCUCUGCAGAGUCGGAGGAGCAUCUGUUCAGGGCUUCAGGGGUCUUACGCAGGAAAACAGUCCUCAAGGAGGGCAAGAAACCCACGGUGGCAGCGUGGACUAAGUAUUGGGUGGCUCUUUGUGGUACUCAGCUUUACUAUUAUACUGCCAAGUCCCUCAAGGCCACAGAGAGGAAGCAUUUCAAGUCUACCGCCAGCAAAAGUGUUUCUGUUUUGGGUUUGAUGGCCAUGAUGGCAGACGACCCGGAGCAUCCCGACGUCUUCCUGCUGACAGACUCUGAGCACGGAAACUCGUAUAAGUUCCAGGCAGGGAACAGAAUGAAUGCUCUCCUAUGGUUCAAACACUUGAGUGCAGCUUGUCAAAGCAACAGGCAACAGGUCCCAGCGAAUUUAAUGUCCUUCGAAUGAGUGUGACCAGGGCGAAUCAAACACACGGAGAGCUCACGAGCCGCUGGAGGACAGGAGAGCGGAGGAAUAUGAAGACCGCCGGGGAAGGAGGAGAGGCCAGUGACGAAUAAAAGAGCGAAUGACUCAUGUUUUGUGUGCGUUGGAGCUUUUCCACUGCCAUCACCCAGCCUGAACCCCACAGCAAACUCCUCGAGCACCACUGCCUUAACAAGCAGAGCGUGAGUGUGUGUGUGUGUGUGUGUGUGUGUGUGUGUGUGGAAGAGACGGCGACGCCCCCAGCUUUUACAUUUUAUUUACACUUCCUGCAUCUUCCAUGCGAUUCCCAGCAAACGAGGAACUUGUAUUCUUCUCGAAGGACUCUUCAUGGACCUCCGGAGUUUGUUUACGCCUCCUUUACCUCGUUUGUUUGUUGUACAUCUAAUCAGCGCUCCUUUUUCUUUGACCAAACACACACACAGGAAACUCUGCACGAGACGUUGAUCGCGUCUUCACACACUUGAGUUAGGCCAACGCGAGCAAGAUUUCCCAAAAACGGGUUCACCUGCAGCAAAUGGAAGUCCCUCGUUUAUUAAAACGCAACCAGAAAGGGCUCCGAUCCUCCACGAAUUCCAGACGAAGAGACACACUGAAUGUUUCCGUUCAGCUUCUGCGCUCUUUUAUGAAUUCUCCGACCUUCUUUUUACCUCACAUCAACACAAACACUCACACACACACACACAAACGUGUUUGUUUUGCUUGAAAGCACCUGAGAUGUUCGAGAGCAGGGUGUGAAGGAAGAACAGAUUAAUAAUGGAGGAGCUCAUCAAGCAGGAACAACAAGAUGUUUGAAGCCGCUCCUUUAUGGUAAGACUCGUACAGCUUCAAAACAUCUGCAAUAAGCACACCGGUUCAGUCAAACGCUUUUUGAGUCGUCUGUGAGGACACAUCUACAUAAACACACUCGUCAAGCUGUGAAUAUUAGUGGGCGCAGACGUCCGUUGGUUUACAUCCUCAAACUUAUAUUUAGUCCCAAUAUAAUUCGUUUUUUUCCUCCGGUGGGAAACGGAGCAGGAGAUAAGGCCCACUGCUAUUUUUUUUUUAUGUCUUUUGCUUUAAUGUGGUUUUAUUUUAUUAUUUUAUUUCAGUAUUACUGGGAUAGUUGCACAUGUCUAGACUAUUUUAAUUGUCUGUUACAUUAACACGUUGCGUAUGUUUUUGUCAUUUUCGUUGUGAAAGCCACCUCGACUUGGCUUUCUUCUCGUUGAGUCGUAAAGCUUCUUGUUUGCUCAUUUAGAGAACGGCUUCUGUUGGGAGCAAGAGAUGAUUUCGGUUAAGCUUAAGACCAACGAUUAGCGUUCUGAGGCGUAACGGAGCCUUAUCCAGGAUGUCUCGAGACGUUCGAUUAGAUGGGUCCGUCUUUAUCUUUCCAUUUCACUAGAUUCCUCCUGUUCUUCUGUAUUUCACGGACCAGUGUUUCUUCAGGCUCGGCUCUACUGUUUCCAGUCGUGUGGAACAUCGCGGGUAAUAAAGGACAUGAAUCCGACUUAGCUUGUAUGAUUAUUGCAAGAAGACGGCGGCUCUGUCUGACUGACAAUAAUAAACCAAAUUGACAUGAAUAAACGGUAAUGGAGGAGCUGGCAACCAUUUUAUACUCGGCCUGACUUCAAUAACAAGUCAUCGCCAUUUCCUUUGUGGUGUUUUUGUGUGGGAUUAGAGCGGAGAUGAUGAGGUAGAGGACGGGAAACUGGCUAUAUCGCACCGCUCGUCGUCUUUAAACCAUAUUUUUGUAGAUAUCUUUAUCCUGAAAGGGAGGAUUUUAUAUGAAACGGGCAAUAUUUGAGAAACGCUGGUUGGGACAGGUCGGCUGAUAGUUUUUGUUUACACGCGUUUGUAUUGUUCUGAGCCUUUAAUAUCAGGUAUUAGCACUUUGGGUUGUAAUAAAGCUAUCGGAAGCUCUGCCGCAUAAAAGACGAGGCGGGAAAAAAGCUAUGGGAGUCAAUCAGCAAAAUGAGACACAAGUGUUUACAUGAUAAAUGAACGUGAAUGUUAUUUUGGUUCAAGCUGUGGAAGUCCCUGGAUUGUCAUGGGUUUUUUUUUUUUUUUUUUUUUGAGCUGUUGUGAAAGCGCCGACGGAGAAGUUUCAGAAGAUCUGGACCGACCACAGGAGCUCGGCACCAAGAAUUAAAGGAGAAAGGUGUUGACGUGGGAAUUCUUCUUCAUAAACGUUAGGGGAACAUCACGCCAGGAACGAGUUAUGCAUCUGGACGAGUCUCCAGGCUUUUUUUCAAGCAGGGACUUGGACCAAAGUAAAUUAUGAUACUGUUGGUCCUGUUUCUGGGUUUAUUUCUCUAAAAUGUUCAGUAUAGUACGAGCAAGAAACCGUAUGGUUAAUAAACGGAAGAACGGUGGGAAACGUGAUUAAAGCUGCCUCUGUUAUCUAAUACGUUUUUGGACCUUUUCUGGAUUGUUUUCGUUCCGGUUGUUCAUUAUUUCACACGACAUCUCUUUCUCUCUCUCUCUUUUUGCGAACAAUAAUGAAAUGGUUUUAAUGAAAUUGUCCGUGACGUUUAUUUCAUGGAUGUUUUUCCCACCAACUACAGUAAAUGUUAUUUGUGUUGUUGCUGGUUUGUCUUUUUUCCUUUACAGUUAAUGUUACGUUCAGUGAGGUUCUCUGUAUCUCUGACGUACUCUGUACUAUUCGUUUCACUGGUUUUCUAUGUACAAUGCAUACGGUAUCAUACACGCAGAUGGACUUCUCAUCCUCUCUGCCGCUUUUUCUUUGGCUGGUUUUAUGUGGUGGUGUAUUACAACGGACUGAUACAGAUUUGUAGCGAGUUGUUUAAGAAAUGAAUUUGCUUGUGUGUGUGUGUGUGUGUGUGUGUGUGUGUGUGAGUGUGAGUGUGUGUGUGUGUCUCACUCUGUGCCAUCCUGUAUCACCUGCUCCCUCCCACCUUAUGACCUCCCUGUCUGACCCCACGCCGGCUGGGACACGUGACCCAGGGCAGCACUAUGACCUUUGACCUGAGAGAUGUGCUUCUGGGUUCCAGACAGGACAGAACUAAUAAACACUUUUGGUUGUAUGUUUUUUAA